UCUUUUUGGUCCCACGUGGGCAGGCGGGUGAUGGCGGCGCUGGUUGUGUCCGAGGCAGCGGAGCAGGGCGGCCGGAACGGCCCUGCUAGAGGUCGGGCCUAUAGGGGCCGCUUGGCCAAUCAGGUCCCCCCCGAGAUCCUGAACAAUCCCCAGCUGCAGACAGCUAUUUGGGUCCUGCCCUCCAACUACAACUUUGAGAUCCCCAAGACCAUCUGGAGGAUCCAACAAGCCCAGGCCAAGAAGGUGGCCUUGCAAAUGCCUGAAGGCCUCCUCCUCUUUGCCUGCACCAUUGUGGAUAUCUUGGAAAGGUUCACAGAAGCCGAAGUGAUGGUGAUGGGUGACGUGACCUACGGAGCUUGCUGUGUGGAUGACUUUACUGCAAGGGCCCUGGGAGCUGACUUCUUGGUGCACUAUGGCCACAGCUGCCUGGUUCCCAUGGACACCUCAGCCCAAGACUUCCGGGUGCUGUACGUUUUUGUGGACAUCCGGAUAGACACUACCCACCUACUGGACUCUAUCCGCCUCACCUUUCCCCCAGCCAGUGCCCUUGCCCUGGUCAGCACCAUUCAGUUUGUGUCAACCUUGCAGGCAGCUGCCCAGGAGCUGAAAGCUGAGUAUCAUGUGAGUGUCCCACAGUGCAAGCCCCUGUCCCCGGGGGAGAUUCUGGGCUGCACAUCCCCGCGACUGCCCAAAGAGGUGGAGGCUGUUGUGUAUCUUGGAGAUGGCCGCUUCCAUCUGGAGUCUGUCAUGAUUGCCAACCCCAAUAUCCCUGCUUACCGGUACGACCCGUACAGCAAAGUCCUGUCCAGAGAGCACUAUGACCACAAGCGCAUGCAGGCUGCCCGCCAAGAAGCCAUAGCCACUGCUUGCUCAGCUAAAUCCUGGGGCCUUAUUCUGGGCACUUUGGGCCGCCAGGGCAGUCCCAAGAUCCUGGAGCACCUGGAGUCUCGACUCCGAGCCUUGGGACUUCCCUUUGUAAGGCUGCUGCUCUCUGAGAUCUUCCCCAGCAAGCUUAGCCUGCUUCCUGAGGUGGAUGUGUGGGUGCAAGUGGCAUGUCCACGUCUCUCCAUUGACUGGGGCACAGCCUUCGCCAAGCCGCUGCUGACACCCUAUGAGGCGGCUGUGGCCCUAAGGGACAUUUCCUGGCAGCAGCCCUACCCGAUGGACUUCUACGCCGGCAGCUCCUUGGGGCCGUGGACCGUGAACCACGGGUGGAACCGACGCCCCCAGCCCCCUGGUCGACCUGCUCUAGAGAAGGGUUCUGCCCUCCGGAGGAGCAGCCUCGAGGCUGGUGGUUUUCAGAGCAAGAGGCAGAUGUCUUCUCCGCACUGGAAGAGCCCUCAGUGUGCAGGGGCCUGGAAGAAGCCCUGGGAACAGUAGCACAGGCAUUGAACAAGCUAGGGCCUUUUGAUGGGCUCCUUGGCUUUAGCCAAGGAGCUGCGCUGGCAGCCCUUGUGUGUGCCCUGGGCCAGGCUGGGGAUCCUCGCUUCCCUUUGAUGCGGUUUAUCAUCCUGGUAUCUGGUUUCUGUCCCCGGGGCCUUGGGCUCAAGGAACCCAUCCUGCGGGGCCCCUUAUUACUGCCUUCACUUCAUGUUUUCGGGGACACUGACCAAGUCAUCCCUUCUCAGGAGAGCAUGCAACUAGCUGGACGAUUCCCUGGAGCCAUCACUCUCACCCACUCUGGUGGCCACUUCAUUCCAGCGGCUGCACCCCAGCGCCAGGCGUACCUCAAGUUCUUGGACCAAUUUGCAGAGUGAAAGAUCAACAAACAUCUCUGCCCCUAAAAUUCCCCCCUUGGGACAGCCUCUGACUUUUAUGCUUUCCUGGGACCUUCACUGCUAUUAGUGUUCGUCACCUCAACCAUUAAGAGACAACUAUCAAUUCUCAAGACUCAAAUUAUGAGCCCUGCUCUGUACUUGAGAAAAGGAGAGCAGAGGCCUUGAUGGACUUUGGCCUUGACUUAUGAUACUCAAACAUGAAAAAGGUUAGAGUCCUGGAUGAGAGGAGGGCAACAUGGGAACAGCAGAGGUGGCAUCACUGUGACUGCCACACAGUAAAGCAGUGAUUUGGAUGUUGAGCAUCUUUUGCCUGGUACACACAGAAAAACACAUUUUAUAAUGAAAGUCUGGUUUCUGGGCCAUGCACACAGCUGCCUGGCAGCAGCAAGCAGAGAGGUAUUUCUGGUUGUGAGCCCUAGGCCAAGCUCAUAUGUGCACACAUUUUUGGUGGAAGUUUUGAGUCCCAAAUGGAAGGAAUGGAGGACUUGGUGGCUGAAUCAGGGAAGAAUUUACAUCUGAGAAGUUUGGGAAGAGAUCAUCUGGCAAGGCUCUGCCUGGGCCACAGUAAUUUUAGACUUUUUCCAUCUGGAUCACUUGGCUGUGUUUUUCUGCUUCUUCAUAAGUGUUCUUACACCUCUUACCUAUGAGCUUAAAGGAUGGGAUGUUGCCAGACCAUGGUGGAGGCCAAAGAGUGCAAAAUAAACUGCCUCUUCUUGACCUCA